ACUGCCCUCAAUGGUUCUGGUUAAGGGGAAUCUCUAAUCAGGUACCUUGUACUAGAAUUGCCUCGAUUUAAAAAAAAUAAUAAUCUUUUCCUCCAGAAAUUGUAGGUAUUUAUUAUCUUCAUCUUGUCCAUUUAGGGUUGUAACCUAUAAAUUUUAGAGGACUGUUUGGUAUAAUUAUGAUUAGUAAAGUUAGGAGAAGAAAGGAAAUUAUUUGGUAUCAAUUUCAAAUGAUCCUGGAAUAAUUAAGGUAAGCCUGGCUAUAGUAACAGAUGCAAACAUAUAGGACCCUCACAAUCAGAGUUCAGUACUCAAUCUCAUAACAGUCUCAGGUAUGUCCAGAUUGCUGGUGGGGAGAGAGAGAAAGUGUGGGUUGUACAGGUGGCGUGUCACUCUGUAGGUUAUAAUCUGAGGACCCAGGCUGCUGGAGACUCUUUCUUUUUGAAUGUGUGUCUUCUAAGGAUGCCCUGGGGAAUUUGCUUCCCCAUUCACUAGAAUAGGAGCAGAGAAUGGAGGAACAAGCGUGACAGAUUUCUAUGGGCCAGCCCUGGAAGAGGGAUACAUCCCUUUAUUCACUUUCCCUUAACUGGACUAGAGCUCAGUUAAGACAACAUCUUUGGCUAGCAGAAGUGUAGACUAGCUGUGUGCUAAGGAAGAAGAGGAACUAUAGUCUUUUUCCAUAAAAAAACGGUAGCCACAAAACCCAAAGCAGUCUAUUUUACUUUCAGCAACUUGUUUUGUAAAUUGUUUUAUAAUAAAAAGAUUAAAAAAUGGAGCCAGGCAGGUUAAAGCAGAAUUGAGGAAUCAGCCACAUACUGCUCAUUGAACAAAUAUUCGAGUAUCUGUUAUUUGCAAAGUAUCGUGUGAAAUGCCAUAAGGAAUAAAGUGAUGAGACAUGUUCCCUGUCUUUUAAGGGCUUAGGGAGCCCUUAAAAGGGGUCCAAGGGAGACUGAUCAGAGUCUAAUCUCAUCAGUGGGCCCGACUGGUGGAGGAUGGGGUGGGGGCCCGGAAGUAGGGUGAGGAUGGGAUGAUCAUCAUCGUGGUGAACAAGAGAUUGAUGAUGGAUAAAGGGCCGAACUCUAGGUAAUCACCAGUUUGAAGUCUUAUAGCAACAACCUGGGACCAGCUGUCCGAGCUGGGGGCUUUAGAAAGGGGGCCAUGGGAGAGAUGUCAUCCUGUAAGAAAACCAUUGCAGAAAAAGUGCGGGAAGGGGAAAUUGUGUUUGACAAAGUGAUUUUCAUAUGGUCUCAGUUUUUUAAUUUUUUUGUCAUAACACCUGAGGGUUAUGACACAUUUCUGUUAGUUACUCUGAUAGAGUCUCCCGUAGGGGUUCAAACACUCACUGAGGUUUGGAAGAGACCCAGUUGAGCAUCUUUGGGGCCUUAUAGAUUUUGGAAAGUCCACAAGUGACUCUGACCCUCUAUACCUUUCUUACUGGUGCACAUUUAUCAUGGAGCCCUCUUUGACUUUGCUUCUUGAAGAAUCUUGAGCAGCUUCUAACAAUAAGUGUCCUUUCAGAGAGGUGCAAAGUGCACUUGCUGUGUAGCAGAGGGGAGGGAGAAGUACCAUGGGCUUUGGGGGACUCAGGAGGGGAGAGGUAGCAUUUGAGCAUCUUUAUUUUGAUAAAGUUAUAUUUGCACUGCUGGUUUAAAAGCAUAUUAAAAAUAGAAGGGUGGUUAGAAUUUUACUGUAGUUUUAAAAAUAAUGUUGCAAGAAUAUUAAUGCCAUUAAACCUCAUGCACCUUCUAGAAAACACUCAGAAUGGUGUGGUGUGGUUGAUACGUAAUUCUGACAUUUCAGCUGAUUGGUUUUGUCAGCUUCAACGUGGGUGUCACAAAGCACUUUCAUCUAUAUUGUCUCAUAUAACUAUUCUGUGAAUUCAGUGUGGCAGGUUAUUAUAAUCCUCCUUUUUAAUAAUAAGGAACUCAGGGCUUUUAGUGAUUAAUACACCUACCAAGUGGAGGAGGUCUUCUGACUCCAAAUCUGAAUAUACCAUGCACCUUUUAGUGAAAUGAUUUGUUUAACAUAGGGCUCUUGAUUUCCAGUUCAGUGAAUCACAGCACCUCCUAUCUUGGAGAUCUGAGAGGCAGGUAAAACGCAGUUCAAUUUUUCUGAAUGCAAUCUAGCUAAAGUCAGACAAGUAAUUUUGGUCAUAUAAAUACAAAGAAAGUGUUAGCUUCGCAUCCCAGGUAAGUAGUCAUGGCUUAGGCGAUGCCAUUCCAAAUGGACAAUAUAGAUGGCCAUAUUUAGUACCAGAAGUCAGAUUGCUCUGUCUAGGUGCCCUUCCCCUGAUUUGUUAACCUCAUAUCCUUCCAUGGUGGCUUCUUGCCAGAACAUAUUAGGAUAUACAAGAACUCUGGAAGCAGAACUCUGUGUUCUUCCAUUCAUUCCCCUUACCACUUUUCUUUGGCUCCUGUGCCUUUGUUAAAUUUCAAACAUUUAAUCUUUUCAACAAGCAUUUAAGAUUCAGACAUAUUUUGCGAAAUACAUCCUUAAAUAAAAGUCUACCUUUGUCCAUAUUACCUACUUUUCCGGAAUAGUUUCUUUGGGGCACUUUUUAAAUUAUUUAUUUAUUUAUUUAUAGGGAGAUGGGAAAGGAGGGAGAAAGACAGGGAGAAAAGCAUCAAUGUGAGAGAAAAACAUUGAUUGAUUGCCUCUUGUAGGUGUGUUGACUAGGGACUGAGCGAACCAGCUGGCAACCUAGGAACAUGUCCUGACUAGGGAUUGAACUGGAGACUUGUUUUGAGAGAUGAUGUCCAAGCAACUGAGCUCCACUGAUCAGAGCUCCUUGGUGAGACGGUUUAAGCGGAAGCAUCUUACAGCCAUCGACUGCCAACAUUUGGCUCGGAGUCACUUGGCUGUGACCCAGCCCCUUUGCCAACGAUGGACAAACAGAGACCCAAACCAUGGUCUCUAUCCUAGACCCAGAACAAAAAGCGGGACUAGAGGUCCAGGAUCUCAAAGAUACAUCACUGAAUUCCUCCUAGCCAGCCAGAAGCGAUGCACCAAUGACAUGGCUAAAAGCAACUCUGUGGACCAGGACCACUCACAGGACUCAGAGGGUGAAAUGAUAUUUUCUGCAGAAAACAAUUGUGCCCUGCCUCGGGAAGGUGAUGGAGAAGCAAGAAUGGGCUCAUCAGGUUCUGCUCUGCCUGCAAGGAAGCGCUCUCGGUCCCUUGAAGAUGAGAGGAAUCAAACUAUAGGGACCAGUCAGUGGGGCGGGGUUUCUAAGAAAACCCUACGGCAUCGAUUUUCCCUGUCGCAUUCAAAGGCCAGGAAAGCCAGGCAAGAAGUAGACGGCUCUUUGUCAUGGCCCUCUGCAGAAUCCGAAGAAACCAGCCAAGAAAUAGAGGACAUGGGUCCUGAUCCCAUCCCUGACUCUUACUAUGGGCUUCUAGGGACCUUACCCUGCCAGGAACCGCAGAACCACAUCUGUAGCUUGCCCAGUGAAGUCCUAAGGCACAUUUUUUCUUUCCUCCCUGUUGAAGAUCUCUAUUGGAAUCUCUGCUUGGUGUGCCACCUCUGGAGGGAGAUAAUUAGUGAUCCACUGUUCAUUCCUUGGAAAAAGUUGUAUCAUCGAUACCUGAUGAAUGAAGAACAAGCUGUCAGCAAAGUAGAUGGCAUCCUGUUGAACUGUGGUAUCGAGAAAGAAUCAGACCUCUCUGUGCUGAACCUCAUUCGCUAUACAGCCACCACUAAAUGCUCCCCGAGUGUGGAUCCUGGCAGGGCACUGUGGAGUCUGAGGGAUCAUCUCCUCCUUCCUGAGGCAGAGGCGUGCGUGCGUCAAUACCUCCCUGACCUUUACGUUGCUGCUGCGGGUGUCAACGUGUGGGCUCUGGUAGCAGCCAUUGUUCUCCUCUCCAACAGUGUAAAUGACAUCCAGCAGCUACUCUUCUGCCUCAGAAGACCUAGCUCCACUGUGACAAUGCCAGACAUCACUGAGACCUUAUACUGCAUUGCUGUGCUUCUCUAUGCCAUGAGGGAGAAGGGAAUUAACAUCAGCAAUCGGAUUCACUACAACAUUUUCUAUUGCCUGUAUGUUCAGGAGAAUUCCGGUACUCAGGCCACAACAGUUCAAGAGGAAACAUCAGUUUGGCCAGGGAAGAGAACAACCAUCCAACUUACACAUGAACAGCAGCUGAUUCUGAACCAUAAGAUGGAACCUCUCCAGGUGGUAAAAAUUAUGGCAUUUGCAGGCACUGGGAAGACCUCUACCCUGGUCAAGUAUGCUGAGAAGUGGUCUGGGAGCAGGUUUCUUUAUGUGACAUUCAACAAGAGCAUCGCAAAGCAGGCCGAGCGAGUCUUCCCCAGCAAUGUCACCUGCAAAACCUUUCAUUCCAUGGCCUAUGGACACAUUGGGCGGAAGUACCAAACAAAGAAGAAAUUGAAUCUCUUCAAGUUAACACCCUUCAUGGUCAAUUCUGUCCUUGCUGAAGGGAAAGGUGGAUUCAUAAGGGCCAAGCUAGUGUGUAAGACUUUAGAAAACUUCUUUGCCUCUGCUGACGAAGAGCUGACUAUUGAUCAUGUGCCUAUUUGGUGUAAGGACAACCAAGGACAGAGAGUCAUGGUUGAACAGAGUGAAAAACUGAACAGUGUUCUUGAAGCAAGCCGCCUUUGGGAUAACAUGCAGAAGCUGGGGGAAUGCAAAGAAGAGGCUUACCAAAUGACUCAUGAUGGCUACUUGAAACUUUGGCAGCUGAGCAAACCUUUGCUUGCCUCUUUUGAUGCCAUCUUUGUGGAUGAGGCCCAGGACUGUACCCCAGCAAUCAUGAAUAUAGUCCUGUCUCAGCCGUGCGGAAAGAUCUUUGUAGGGGACCCACACCAGCAGAUCUAUACCUUCCGCGGUGCAGUCAACGCCCUGUUUACAGUCCCUCACACUCACGUCUUCUAUCUCACACAGAGUUUUAGAUUUGGUGUGGAAAUAGCUUAUGUGGGAGCUACUAUCUUGGAUGUCUGCAAGAGAGUACGGAAAAAGACUUUGGUUGGAGGAAACCACCAGAGUGGCAUUAGAGGUGAUACCAAGGGGCAGGUGGCCCUGUUGUCCCGGACCAACGCCAAUGUGUUUGAUGAGGCUGUACGGGUGACCGAUGGAGAAGUGCCUGCAAAGAUACAUUUGAUUGGGGGGAUUAAAUCAUUUGGAUUGGACAGAAUCAUUGAUAUUUGGAUCCUUCUUCAGCCGGAGGAAGAACGGAGGAAACGAAACCUCAUUAUUAAAGACAGGUUUAUUAGAAGAUGGGUGCACAAAGAAGGCUUUAGUGGCUUCAAGAGGUAUGUGACUGCAGCCGAGGAUAAGGAGCUUGAAGCAAAGAUUGCUGUCGUUGAAAAGUAUAACAUCAGGAUCCCAGAACUGGUGGAAAGGAUAGAAAAAUGCCACAUACAAGACUUGGACUUUGCAGAGUACAUUUUGGGUACUGUGCACAAAGCCAAAGGCUUGGAGUUUGAUACCGUUCAUGUUUUGGAUGAUUUUGUGAAAGUGCCUUGCGCCAGGCACAACCUUGCCCAGCUGCCCCACUUUAGAGUUGAGUCAUUUUCUGAGGAUGAAUGGAAUUUACUGUAUGUUGCAGUAACUCGUGCCAAGAAGCAGCUCAUCAUGACCAAAUCGUUGGAGAACAUCUUGACUUUGGCUGGGGAGUACUUCUUGCAAGCAGAGCUGACGAGUAACGUUUUAAAAACAGGAGUGGUUCGCUGCUGUGUGGGGCAGUGCAACAACACUAUCCCAGUGGACACUGUGCUCACCAUGAAGAAGCUCCCCAUCACUUAUAGCAACAGGAAGGAAAACAAGGGCGGCCACCUCUGCCACUCCUGUGCAGAACAGCGCAUCGGGCCUUUGGCCUUCUUGACUGCCUCCCCCGAACAGGUGCACUCCAUGGAACGCACCAUCGAGAACAUAGUGCUGCCCAGGCAUGAAGCUCUGCUUUUCCUUGUCUUCUGAAAGCCAGGAGGAGCAUUCUCCAUGGUACAGAUUGCCUUGUGUAGACUUCAGUUACUUGAAGAAAGCCAGUAGGUGGGGUUCUCAUUCACCUGAGACUCUGAAUUCACUCACAGAGCAUUUUUGAGGAAGAUGAAGCCAACCAGAGUUGGACCUGCCAUUUCUCCAUUCCUUAGACGUUGCCGGCUUCCACUGCCCCUCCUCCAUGCACACAGGCUGGGGACAGUUGGGAAGUUCUUUUGAUAAAAAAAAAAAAAAGAAUACAACAUUUUAUGUAUUUAAACUUUUAUUACAAGGUUUCAAUUAAACAAGCGUUGUAGAACUGACAUACCACUGUGCGACACCUGCUUUCAGCCCCACUGUUUUGAACUUUCUCCAGUUUUUUCUCCACUCACAGUUUCUAACAGCUCGGUCACUAUU